AUGGCCAACACCGUAACGUCGCUGUGCUGUGUGGUGCUAGCUGCCGUGGUGGUGGCGUACGCUCAGAGACGCAGCCAAACAGGGGCCAGUAUUCAGUAUGAGCGUAUGGGUGGGGACGUGACCAUGAGGUGUGGCUCUCUGGACAGCGAUGCCAGCGUGACGUGGAAGGUGAACGGGACAGACGUGAAGGCACGCCACCGGGAGGAGGGGUCUAGACUCAUACUGAUGGAGGUGGACCUCUCAAACAACGGACUGUACACCUGCUUUCAGAACCCCAAUGGAGAACGACGGGACCAGAUCAACCUGCGCAUCGGAACUUCCCCUAGGGAACCCACGGUGAUGUGUCGCUCCAACACCUACCCUAAAGGCUUCUACUGUAGCUGGCACCUUCAACACCCCACCUCCAUACCCACAGACUUCGAUGUCAACGUCCAACACAACCAGAAGUCCCUAGAAGCAACGAGGGAUGCGGUCCAUAAGAACCGCUGUCACGUUAAGUUCCUUGAGGUGUUCAGUAGCUACCCCUACAGAGUCAACGUCACUGCCCUCAACGCCCUCGGAAGUGCCUCCACUGCCAUCACCUUCGAAGAGUUCAACAUAGUGAAGCCAGACCCCCCUGAAAAGGUGGUGGCCACGCCCAUCCCUAACAACGUUCGUCGUCUGGAGGUCACCUGGAAUAGCCCUUCUACCUGGCCAGAUGUAGAGAGCUUCCCCCUGAAGUACUUCCUACGAUACAGGCCCCUCAUCAGAGACCAGUGGCAACACGUGGAGUUGUCAGACAGUACGGCCCACACCAUAACGGAUGCGUACGCAGGGAAGGAGUACAUCAUCCAGGUGGCGGCUAAGGACAUGGAGAUCGGCACCUGGAGUGACUGGAGCGUUGCGGUGCACGCCACCCCCUGGAUUGAUGAACCCAAACAGAUCCCCUCCACCACCGAGCAGGAACCACUCCUCGACACCACCCCUUCCGCAGCCCCUCCCUCAGCAGAGCCCCAUAGGGCGGGCGUCCCAGUGGGUGGUGCUUCCUCGACCCUCCUCUCACCCCUCCUCUGGUACUCCUGCUAUCUGCUGCUCGGGGCCCUAAUUUGAUGUAAAUGUUUAAUUCCUGUGGAAGAAAUUAAGGAGAGUCUUCUAUUUCUCUGCACAUGUUAAUGGACAUCCUACAUUGAUCAUUUAAUUCAAGUUUCACACAACGUUAAGUAGAAAAUAAAGAGAGAUUAUGAAGUCAAAGUUAAAAAGAUACAAAAAAAAACAAGCAUCAACAACUACUCCAACAACAACAGCAACAACAACAACAACAACAGCAACAACAACAACAACAACAACAACAACAACAACAGGUACUAACAGACAGCAAAGAUACAGAGCUACACAGAUACAGAUAUCAUUGAUUGAUUGAUUGAUUACCACGGACUCCAACACAGAAACAGAACUGUCUCCAGGGAAGCUUUGUGGAUCUGAGACUGAUGAGACUUCUGCUGGGCAGCACAACAGACUGAUUUCAUUCUCCAUCUUUUAUUUUCAUUUUGCAUUGAUUUUUUGUAAACAAUUGUAUUCAUUAUCCAGUGAUAUUUGAGACACUUGUAAAGAUCCCAAGAUCCUUUCUUUGACAUACAGCUAACUCGUCAUGCCAAAGACUUGUCUUGGAGAAGUUUUCCCACAAUCCUUAGCUUCCUGAAGCCUGUGCCUGUGUAGAAAGGAUGGAACCCGGAGUAUUUGGUAACUCCAGGAAUCUGCAUCUGACCGACCGACAAGAAAUUUUCACAACAAAACAGAGAACUAACUAACACUUUGGAGAAAUCCUGAAUAAGCAUUCUUUACCUGUUAUUGGUUUGUUUUGCGUUCUGCUUCACUCAGUGAUCACCAAGAGAGUUUAACUGUAAAAACACUAUGGGGUUUUUCCAUUGAGGAAAUACAGUAGAGAUCCAUUUAUUCAGACCUCUUACACAAGGCUCCAUACAUUAGGCGUCAGUCCUCCAGAGGAAUAACGCUCUGUGUAAAACACAUGAGGUUGCCUUUGACAUUAAAUAGACAUUUAAUAUCACAAUUAUUAUUGUUGUGCUCUGUCAUACAGAACCAGUCAACAGUUUGGACACACCUACUCAUUCAAGGGUUUUUCUUUAUUUUCACCAUUUUCUACAUUGUACAAUAAAAGUGACCACAUCAUAACUAAGAAAUAACACAUAUGGAAUCAUGUAGUAUCCAAAAAAGUGUUAAACAAAUCUAAAUAUACAGUGCCUACGGAAAGAAUUCAGACCCCAUCACUUUUCCACAUUUGGUUGUGUUACAGCUAUAUUUUACAUCAAAUAAAUAAAAAUCCUCAAAAAUCUACACAAUACCCCAUGAUGACAUCACAAUACCCCAUGAUGACAUCACAAUACCCCAUGAUGACAUCACAAUAUCUCAUGAUGACAUCACAAUAUCCAAUUAAGACAAAGCAAAAACACGUUUUUAGAAAUGUUUGCACAUUUAUUAAAUUAAAAAAACAUAAUACCCCAUGAUGACAUCACAAUACCCCAUGAUGACAUCACAAUACCCCAUGAUGACAUCACAAUACCCCAUGAUGACAUCACAAUACCCCAUGAUGACAUCACAAUAUCCAAUUAAGACAAAGCAAAAACAACUUUUUAGAAAUGUUUGCACAUUUAUUAAAUAAAAAAACCAUAAAUGUAAUAAUAAAUAAUAAUAAACUUUAAAAACAGAAAUACCUUAUUUACAUAAGUAUUCAGACCCUUUGCUAUGAGAUUUGAAAUUGAGCUCAAGGUGCAUCCUGUUUCCGUUGAUCAUCCUUGAGAUGUUUCUACAACUUGAUUGGAGACCACCUGUGUUAAAUUCAAUUGAUUGGACAUGAUUUGGAAAAGCAACACACCUGUCUAUACAAGGUCUCACAGUUGACAGGGCCUGUCAGAGAAAAAACAACAAGACAUGAGGUCGAAGGAAUUGGCCAUAGGGCUCCAAGGCAGCAUCCAAGACAGGAUUGUGUCGAGGCACAGAUCUGGGAAAGGGUACCAAAACAUUUCUGCAGCAUUGAAGGUCCCCAAGAAGAUAGUGGCCUCCAUCAUUCUUUAAUGGAAGAAGUUUGGAACCACCAAGACUCUUCCUAGAGCUGGCCUCCCGGCCAAACUGAGCAAUCAAGGGAGACGGGCCUUGGUUCAGGGAGGUGACCAAGAACCCAAUGGUCACUCUGACAGACAUCCAUAGUUCUUCUGUUGAGAUGGGAGAACCUUCCAGAAGGACAACCAUCUCUGCAGCACUCCACCAAUCAGGCCUUUAUGGUAGAGUGGCCAGACAGAUGCCACUCCUCAGUAAAAGGCACAUGACAGCCUGGUUGGAGUUUGCCAAAAGGCACCUAAUGUCUCUCAAACCAUGAGAAACAAGAUGCUCUGGUCUGAUGAAACCAAUAUUGAUAUUUUUGGCCUGAAUACAAAUCGUCACGUGAGAGGAAACUUGGCACCAUCCCGAAGCAUGGUGGUGGCAGCAUCAUGCUGUGGGGAUGUUUUUCAGCAGCAGGGACUGGGAUACUAGUCAGGAUUUGAGGCAAAGCUGAACGAAGCAAAGUACAGAGAUCCUUGAUGAAAACCUGUUCCAGAGCGCUCAGUACCUCAGACUGGGGCGAAGGUUCACCUUCCAACAGGGAAAUGACCCUAAGAACACAGCCAAGACAGUGCAUGAGUGGCUUCGGGACAAGUCUCUGAAUGUCCUUGAGUGGCCCAGCCAGAGCCCAGACUUGAACCCAAUCGAAUAUCUCUGGAGAGAUCUUAAAAUGGCUGUGCAGCGACGCUCCCCAUCCAACCUGACAUAGCUUGAGAGGAUCAGCGAAGAAUGGGAGAAACUCCCCACAUACAGAUGUACCAAGCUUGUAGCAUCAUACCCAACAAGACUCAAGGUUCUAAUCACUGCUAAAUGUGUUUCAACAAAGUACUGAGUAAAGGGUCUGAAUUCUUAUGUAAAUGUGAUAUUUAAUUAUUUUUUCAAUUUAGAAAGCAUUUUUUAAUACCUGUUUUUGCUUUGUCAUAUGUGUGAGGAUAUCUUAUUUUUUUAAAUACAUUUUUGAGUAAGACUCGAACAUAACAAAAUCUGAAAAAAUUCAAGGGGUCCAAAGCCACUGUAUUUUCGAUUGUAGAUUCUUCACAUAGCCACCCUUUACCUUGAUGACAGCUCUGCACACUCUUGGCAUUCUCUCAAACAGCUUCACCUGGAAUGUUUUUCCAACAGUCUUGAAGUAGUUCCCACAUAUACUUAGCACUUGUUGGCUGCUUUUCCUUCACUCUGAGGUCCAACUCAUCCCAAACCAUCUCAAUUGGGUUUGGAUUGGGUGAUUGUGGAGUCCAUGUCAUCUGAUGCAGCACUUCAUCAGUCUCCUUCUUGGUCAAAUAGCCCUUACACAGCCUAAAGGUGUGUUGGGUCACUGUCCUGUUGAAACCAUUUUUUUUUUGUUCCAGUAAGUGCAAACCAGAUGGGAUGGCAUAUUGCUGCAGAAUGCUGUGGUAGCCAUUCUGGUUAAGUGUGCCUUGAAUUCUAAAUAAAUCACUGACAGUGUCACCAGCAAAGCACCCCCACAGAUUCACACCUCCUCUUCCAUGCUUCACUGUGGUAACCACACAAAGCACCCCCACAGAUUCACACCUCCUCUUCCAUGCUUCACUGUGGUAACCACACAAAGCACCCCCACAGAUUCACACCUCCUCUUCCAUGCUUCACUGUGGUAACCACACAUGCAGAGAUCAUCCGUUCACCAAAAAUCUCCAAUUUGGACUCAUCAGACCAAAGGACAGAUUUCCACCGGUCUAAUGUCCAUUUCCCGUGUUUUUUGGCUCAAUCAAUUCUCUUCUUCUUAUUGGUGUCCUUUAGUAGUGAUUUCUUUGCAGUAAUUCGACCAUGAAGACCUGAUUCACGCAGUCUCUGAACAGUGAGUUGCUGAGAUGUGUCUGUUACUUGAACUCAGUGAAGCAUUUAUUUAGGUUACAAUCUGAGGUGCAGUUAACUCUAAUGAACUUAUCCUCUGCAGCAGAGGUAACUCUGGGUCUUCCUUUCCUGUGGUGGUCCACAUGAGAACCAGUUUCAUCAAUGCACUUGAUUGUUUUUGCGACUGCACUUGAAGAAACAUUUCAAAGUUCUUGAAAUGUUCCGCAUUCACUGACCUUAAUUUCUUAAAGUAAUGAUGGACUGUCGUUUCUCUUUGCUUAUUCGAGCUGUUCUAGCCAUAAUAUGGACGUGGUAUUUUACCAAAUAGGGCUAUCUUCUGUAUACCACCCCUACCUUGUCACAACACAACUGAUUGGCUCAAAGACAUUAAGAAGGAAAUAAAUUCAACAAAUGAACAGGGCACACAUGUUAAUUGAAAUACAUUCCAGGUGACUACCUCAUGAAGCUGGUUGAGAGAAUGCCAAGAGUUUGCAAAGCUGUCAAAAAAGCAAAGGGUGGCUACUUUGAAGAAUCUCAAAUAUAAAAUAUGUUUUCAUUUGUUUAACACUUAUUUUUACUACAUGAUUCCAUGUGCUAUUUCAUCAUUUUGAUGUCUUUACUAUUAUUCUACAAUCUAGAAAAAAGGAAAAAUAAAGAAAACCCCUUGAAUGUGCAGGCGUGGCCAAACUGUUGACCGGUUCUGUGUUUAUAGGAUUUUGGGGCUCUCUUCAAAAGCUGAAGCAUUAUAGAUUUUGCGAUAGAAAUUUAAAGGUAAUUUCCGAUUGAGCCAACAUGUGCAGCGUUUACCGUUAAUGCAGUCUCCGCUAAAGUGGGAACAUUGCCUUUAAAUGUCAAUCAGCCUGUAAAGCUGAAGUUCCGCGAUGCGGAUUGAAUAGAGCCCCAAGUUGUUUUUUUUUUUCAGACAUUCAGAAGAAUGGCUUAAUUCUCCACGAUCAUAUUUUGUAAAAACUAUGAUAUGUAUCUUUAAAAUGAAAAACAUUUAUUAUUUAAUAAUGUAUGUAUUAGCUUUAGAUUCUUGUAACCUGUACCUAGGUUAUUUUUAUAGAUAUAUAUACAAUGAGAGGUUGUUCAUUAAAUGUGACCAUUUCACAAUGA